AUGGAUUAUCUACCAGCUAGUUAUGUUUUACCUGUAAGUUUAUCAGAAAUUGCAAAAAUUACUCUACCCUUACCUCUACCCGUUGCCUUUGCUUCUACUUUUUUUUAGAAAAUUGCUUAAAAAAAUGCCAAAAAAAAUAAAAUUUUGAAAUUUUUUUGCUAUGUUAAAACAUAUGUUGUGGCUUAUUGAAUAUGAAUGACAUUUUUAGCUAGAAUACCAUAUCUUUGUGGAAGAGUUCAAGAAAUACCCUCCGGACACGAUUUGGAUUAUGAAGCCGGUCAGUGGAGCUCAAGGCAGGGGCAUAUUUUUAUUCAAAAAACUCAAGGAAAUCCAGGAGUGGAAGAAGGUAAAAUAAAUAUUUUUUUGAAGUUUCAAGACUUCUUAUUUUUGUUUCAUUGCAUGGUUUAGAUUCUAUAAUUUUAUUUAUUUAUUUGUUUUGUACGUCAACAACAUACUUUUUAAAUUAAUUUGUACUUUUAUUUUCGGUUGGUAGUCAAGUGUGUAGUGUAAGACUGAUUUUAGGGUAGAAAAGAGCUUACUUAAGGCUGGUGACUGGACAGGUUUUUGGCUAGGAUAAAUCAGACACUAGGGUAGGGGAAAUUCCAUGAUAGAGCAGAUUAAAUUUCAAGGAGGUAAAGCAGGUCCUAGUGUAGGUUACUACAGACUCUGGGGUAGGUUAGGGCAGGUUUUAGGGUAGGGUAGAGAGGAUUCUAGGAUAGGGUAGGGUAAAGUUUAAAACAGGGCAAUACACGUUAUAUGGUAUACGUAUUGAAGCAGAUUUUUUGUUAGGUUAAGAAAUAUGUAAGGAUAGGGUAAGGUACUAGUGUAAAAAAGUUCAAUGAAGGUCAGAUUUUAGUGUAAUUUAGGAAGCUCAUCUAGUGUAAUAUACAUUACGAGUAUAUUUUGCUUAAAAUUUUUGUUUACGUACUUUACAUUUUUAUUUUGCUUUUUUAGUUAUUUUAUGCCACGUUGUGUUAUGAAGCUCAGGUAAGUUUAAGUUUUUCGCACGAUUAUUUAUUUUAUAUAAUCUUUAUUUUUUCAAAUUUGAAAUUUUGCACAUUCAUACUUUAGAAAGGCGGAAAAAGUGAUGCUGAUACCCAGCCAUAUGUUGUGCAAAGCUACAUUCAUAAGCCCUAUCUAAUUGGAGGGAAGAAGUUUGACGUAAGAUUAUAUGUUCUGGUAACUUCAUUUCGACCACUGAACGCGUGGGUACAUCGUGAAGGGUUUUCUAGAUUCUCACAUUCACAGUACAGCUUGGAGAGUGUGGAGGAUGCUUGUAAGUGCCAUACAUUACUUUACCUUACCUGCCAUACUCCGCCUCACUCUACUUUACCUUUCUCUACCUCACUAUGUUCUACCAUACCUUACCAUACCAUAUCCUGCCGUACCACACACUAAUUAUUGUACCUUGUUAUAAUACCUUAUUUUAGAUGUUCAUCUGACAAACGUAGCCAUAUCAAAGUCGGCGUCCGAUUACGAUCCAGAAAAAGGCUUAAAAUGGUCGUUGGACAAGCUUUUUCGAUACAUUGAAGCGCGGCACGGCGCUGAAACGGUAGACCAGCUCAUUGAAAACAUCGGAAAUGUCAUUAUCAUGAGCUUGAAAUCUGUUCAGGGCAUUAUUAUACAGGUAAAAUACGGCUUAUAUAUAUCCUACUUUGCUCUAAUUUGUCCUACUCUAUCUUACAUUGCUUUAUAUUAUAGUAAUAUGUUCUACCGUACCUCAUUAUAAUCUUAUUUUACACAGUCUCGCUCUAGCUGUUUUCGGCUCUUAGUUUACCUAGGCUUAGUAUCUCUUUUUCAAAAAAUUUUUUGCCUUAAAAAUUACUGUUAUUUCAGGAUUCCCAUUGUUUCGAACUCUACGGAUAUGACAUUUUAAUAGACGAAGACUUGAAACCAUGGCUUUUGGAAGUCAACGCCUCUCCAUCAUUAACACCAAGCAGUCAAGAAGACUUCGAACUCAAAUUUCGCGUACUAAACCAUCUGUUAGACGUGCUCGAUAUGGAAAAAACGUAAGUUUUAAUGGAUUUUUUGUAAAAUACAUCGCUCGCAUUAAAGAAAUAUAAUUGUUUAGUCGGACAGACCAAGAUCUAACCGUUGGAGGCUUUGACUGUCUAAUAAAGAACAACGAACUUGUUUAUCGACCGAAAAGUGAAGUUUUGGAGAAGAUUUGCCCACAAUUCAUCACUUCUUCACUUAACAUACGAUUAGGUAAGGGACCCUACCCUACCCUACUUUAUCCUACUCUAUUCUACCCUACCCUACUCUACCCUACCCUACCCUACCGUACCCUACCCUACUUUAUCCUACUCUACUCUACCCUACCCUACUCAACCGUACCUUACUUUAUUUUUACGUACUUUACUUUACCUUAUUCUACCUUACUACUGUACUUCCACUUACUUUACUCUGCUCUGCUCUUCUUUGCCCUACCCUUGUCAUGUUACUGUACCUUACCUUACCUUAAUUUGCUUUGUUUUAUCUUUUUUUUCUUUACUCUAGCUCUGUGUUUACUCUUUUCCACAUUUUUCUGUACGUUAGCAAAGAAGUACACCGUACUAAAAUAUAGACCAUGCUCAUUUGGUGCACCUACUGUAUCAAUGUUUGCUAUCUGCUUUAUUUUGGCAUUAUCUUAGCAUAUUUGUAGUUUUUUGUUAUAUUAUUUUGUGGCACUUAAUAUUAUAUUGUUAUAGGAAGCUACGUUGCUCCCAUGGAUGUUCCCAACAUGUGA